GGGGCAGCUGCGGCGUGGCCGUCGCGCUCGAGGUCUCUCGGCCGGACGGGGCGGCACGGAACGGAGCGGCACGGAACGGAACGGCGACGCGCCAUGGGGGCGAAGCUGCGACUGCUGUGCGCUGCCGCGGCGCUGCUGAGCGUGGCCGUGCCGGGACAGCCCGGAGCGCAGGGCGCGCUGGUCCCUGCGGGCGACGGGGACGGAUACGGGGUGAAGCUGUGCGGCCGGGAGUUCAUCCGUGCCGUCAUCUUCACCUGCGGCGGGUCCCGCUGGAAGCGGCUCUCCCUCAUGGCGAUGGAGCCGGCGCCCGCGGCCGAUUCUUCUCAAGCAGCAAGUAACAAUCUGCUGGGACGCUUCAAGAUGCAGUCAGCUGUGGGUCCUGAGAUGCAGAGAAGCAACUCGUUUCUUGGAUUGGAGACACUGAAGGACUUGUAUAGCUUAAAUGACUAUAACGAAUACGAGUCUAUGGCAGAUGACUUCAAAGAACUUCUUCGCCAGCUAGAAGAGGCUGCUCAGGGGGAUGGGGGUGGAGCAGGAGUAGCCCCCUUAGGACCCAGCAGUUACCCUUGGGCCAGGUAUCCCAGAAGAAAACGGGAGUCUCUGGGUUUGGCAGGAAUGUGUUGCAAGUGGGGCUGUACAAAAGCUGAAAUCAGUACCAUAUGCAGAGUUUAAAAUCCUCUCUGCACUUGUGCAUGAAAUCUAUGUCAGUCGCAGUGCUACUUGAUUGAAUACUGUGCAGAGGAAGAAAACUAUGUAUUUUAUUUUGUCUGUAAGUGCCAGUCUAUUAAUAACACCAUUUUUUUUUCUCUUAAAAAAUAAAUAAAUAGAUAAAAAUCCGCAA